AUGGAUGCAGAUCUGCAUGUGAAUGAACUGAUGGAUGAAGCUGAGUCUCUUCAUGGCAGGAGGAGUGAACACAGUCUCCUCAACAUGUUGACUGAAACUCUACGGAGGCUUGGAGCUGUCAGACGCUGCAGAGACCAUCAUGAUGGGACGGUGGGUGGGAGGAGAUGCACAGGAGAGGAACCAGGUAGUGGCGGAGGAGAGGAAAUACAGAGAGGCAGUGAAGGAGGGAUGCUCAGUCCUGCACAAGACGAGGAAGACGAUGAGGAGAGAAGAGGAAAGGCUGAUGAAGAGCAGGAGGAGAGAGAGUGCAAGCAGAGAGUCCUGGAAGCGUUGAGGGAGCUGAGUGUUUUUCAUUCAGACAGAGUGACAGCGUGGAGAGGAGUUCUCGGAGAAUGGGCCCACAGGUCUCCACCAGGGGGCAGUGAUCAACAACAUCCGUCCACAACAGAUACAGAAUGUAACGUCACACCUCGCUCAGACUCCUUCAGUGAUACUUUUCUAAAUGUCGGGGAGAAUAUCGAGAACAUUAUGGACAAACUGAAAGCAAUAUUAGCCAAACUGGAUGAAGAGAUCCUCAGAUUAUGUGCAGAGGAGGCCUCGACUGUGGAUGCAGCACUCCAGGAGACCAGAGAUCCAAAAGGACCAGAGCCACCUGAGGAUGACAACAAUCACCUUAACCCCUGUGAUCCCAUUGAAUCUGACUCUGUGCAUAAACAGGCUGAUGACGAUGGUGAUGGAGAUGAUCAAAGUCAUACAAUGCCAUUACCAGGCACUGAACAAGCAUCAGACUCAAGAAUCAGCAGUUCUGUCUGCAAUGAUGUGGAAGAGGCAGAGAAAAGAAUAUCUGUCAAAAGAGAGAGUCAGACAGAUUUCCCGGAGGAGACAGAAAAGGACACAAAUAGGGUAAACAAGGAAUGGAUCACAGUAGGGCUCACUGGUAAACAGGAGGACAGUCAUUCAGAUGUACCAGACACAUGCUUUAUCAGAGCACCCAAGGGUGCGGCUGAAGUCCUGAGAUGUGAGGUGGCCGACCGCCUGAGCUGCCUGAUGGUGACCGGCUCCGAGGAAUUGGUCAGCAGAGUGAUCAGGGUCAAAGUUCAGGACGGAGCAAACGUCCACUUCCCCGUGACUAUGGCUGUGCCUUUCUGCGCUCGUUACCGUGGCAACUACAGGGACGUAGCUGUGAAGAUAGUUGAUGGGGAGAGGAGGGCAAGCUACGUCACACCAGUAACCACAGAGGGCACGUAUGGAGGGCAGAGGGGCUCAUUUGCAGAGGUGAGGGUGUACUCCCUGGGCCUGUUUGCAGUGGUUUCCUGUUUGAAAAGAGAACAUUACACAGUUCCCAAAAAGGGUUUGUCACUCAAGCUGCCCAUGGACCACCGAAUCUGUCUGAACUACCUCCCAGCAUCCUUCACUGCUCCAGUAAUGGCACAAACGAUGAUCCAGCCGGUAGAUGCCAUUCUCCUGGCGACCGUCAAGUCCAGAACAGAUGCUUAUCACUCGGUGGUGUCUACGAGUCCACUGCUCUACCUCACCCACCCAUCAUCUCAGCCCCUGAGGAGACCCCUCACUCUCACCCUUCCCUGUCCCCCAAACCCUGACAAGAAGAGGCACACAAGGGGACAAGAGGAGGAGCAACACCACCAAACUCGGCCUGUUAGUGCUUCUUCACCAUGGGAUCAACCUGCUUCCCACAGAAGGAGAGUCCUGGGUGCCUCUGUGAAGUCUAAGGAGAUGUCCAACGAGCUGCUGAUUGUUCUGGGUUCAAGAGACAAACAGUGGAGCGUCCUGGAUAAAGUCACAGUCAGGAACCAGCAAAACGGACUGGUGUCCUUUGAGCUGACAGACAACUUUGACAGACUCCUGGUGGUUCGCCUCCUCUCUCCACUACAGCCUUGUCAUCUGGCCUCCCUGGCGGUGGAACUGGAGGAGUCGGUCCGCUGCCACGCGGUUACCGUCGUCCUCCAGCGUAAACGGGAGGAGCCUCGGGCCGUCCUGGUGGCCGUCCUGCCCAGCAGGGACCUCGGCUGGGAGCUGUCCAAACUGCAGUCCCAGGGCUACAGCGGCCUCUCGGAGACCACGUCGGAGAUCUCCAUGUGUGAAGGGGACCAGCUUCUCCUCCGUUUCAGCGGCAACAUCACCUCCACUGGAACUCCAAACGACCGACACGACCUCCCACACGAGCGGAUCACCUUCCACAAUCAGCAGAAGAAUCACCUCUUGGUGCAUCUAACUGAAGUGGACCCAUUUGGGAACUACAGCUCACCCCACUACAAGGGCACGGCCAUGUUUUAUAAGGUCACCAGAGGUCAGCUGGAGUGGCGAGGUGACGGACCAGUACCGAUGGACACAAAGCUUCUGGGAGAACCCGUCUGUAAGCUGUCUCUGACUUUACCUAAGAAAGUGAGAACCGUUAAUCGACCAAUCACAGUCAGGGUGAAGUUAUGUGAGGAGACAGAUUCCCUGUCCGACUCUCUUCUUCUCUGGCUGUCCGCGGAGCUCUCAGAGGAGGAAGUAGCACUCCUGGUGCUCUCCCUGCGUCUCAGACGAAGCUCAGCUCAGCUGGUGAAGCUCCGGGCCGGUGACAGCCUGUCCAGCCAGGCCUUCCAUGUCCUGACCAUGUGGAGGAGGGGGCUGCCCGCUGCCACACACCAACCCAAGGCCUCUCAGCUGGCUCACUGCUUAGCCAAGAGCGGCAGGCCGGACCUGGCCAGGGAGCUGCUGCUGCGACAGGCUGCAGCCACCAGGCAGGGCGCUCUGAAAUAA